AUGUACCAGACAGGCACGAUAGCGCCGAGACAGGACUCGAGCAGUGACCACUUUGUCGGCGAAGGACAGCAUUUCACGCGUCGAGGCGUUCUUGUUGGCCUCGUUGUCGGCCUCAUUAUGUGCUGCACCAACAUGUACUUUGGUUUGCAGAGCGGAUGGGUCUCUAUCAUGUCCAUGCCGAGCUCUCUCGUGGGCUUCGCCUUCUUCCGCAGCCUAUCGACCCGACUACGGCUACCCUUUUCUCCUGUCGAAAAUGUCCUCGUGCAAUCGGUAGCCGGCAGCAUGGGCACUAUGCCGCUGGGCUGCGGCCUUGUUGGUGUUAUGCCCGCCAUGAGCUAUCUUCUCAAGCCCGAAGAACAGGGCCCGAUCUUCUUGAGCUGGUGGAAAUUAACUCUUUGGUCCCUCGGCCUAUGCUUCUUCGGCGUCGUCUUUGCCGUACCUCUGAGAAAGCAGGUUAUUAUACGGGAGAAAUUAAAAUUCCCAUCCGGCACUGCGACAGCCCAAAUGAUUGGCGUCUUACAUCGCAAGCAGACGGCCAUACGCCUGCCUCCAUCUAAUACUCACGAAGAUAUUUACUCGAAUCAAAACGAACGCGUGGAACAUGACCAACAAGAAGAAGACACUGAUCAGGAUCCCAAACAAAGCUGGAAAUCCAAAAUCAAACUCCUCGGCAUAUCGUUUGCAGUCUCGGGUUUUUACAUUUUGGCCACCUACUUCUUCCCUCACCUCAGAUCUCUCCCUAUUUUUGGCACUACCCUUUCAAAUGUCUGGCUAUGGAAUCUCAAUCCAUCUUUGGCCUACGUUGGUCAGGGAAUUAUCAUGGGGCCCGUCACGACUGCCCAUAUGCUUUUUGGAGCUAUACUCGGGUGGGGAAUCUUAUCGCCUCUAGCCAAGAGCCAAGGCUGGGCUCCCGGUGCGAUAGGAGACUGGGAAACCGGUAGCAAGGGCUGGAUAGUAUGGAUCUCUCUUAGUAUCAUGAUUGUUGACUCGAUUAUUGGCCUCGGCUAUAUUGGCUUUUCAUACCUUUUACGAUCUGGGCUAUUUUCGGCGACUCAAGGGACCCGCCGACAGACCUGGUACAAUUGGCCGCGACGCUUUUACCUUGAUGCUCUACGGGAGAACGCCGAGCAGGAAUAUACGCCGCUUGCCCAAGAGGCUGUGCCAUCUCGAGGACCCGAGGGAGACAGUACGGCUUAUGAACAAGUCUCGAAGCGUGUCGAGGCUCAUCUACCGGACCGUGAGGCCCCGCCGCAUCAUCUCGUUGACAAUCGCACUGUCUUAGUAUGUGGUAUUUUAUCCAUCCUCCUCUGUGUUGGUGCCACUCAUAUUGCCUUCGGCUCAUUCAUGCCUAUCGCUGCCACAGGCCUGGCCAUUCUCUUGGCCCUUAUACUCUCAGUCAUGGGCGUGCGCGCACUCGGCGAGACCGACCUUAAUCCAGUCUCGGGUAUCGCCAAGCUCACGCAGCUGCUCUUCGCUCUCUUUAUUCCUUCAUCCCACGCGAAUUCUGUGCCCAUUAAUCUCAUUGCUGGCGCUAUCUCCGAGGCUGGCGCAUUGCAGGCGGGCGACCUAAUGCAGGACCUUAAGACAGGUCACCUACUCGGCGCCGCGCCACGCGCUCAGUUUUGGGGUCAGAUAAUUGGCAGUGCCGUAGGUGCUCUCGUCAGUCCCGCCAUCUAUCGCCUUUAUACCCGCAUCUACCCAGUGCCGGGAGAUCUUUUCCAGGUUCCGACGGCUUAUGUCUGGAUCUUCACGGCACGUCUCGUCACGGGUCAGGGUCUACCGGCCCGCGCCGCACAGGCUUCACUAAUCGCCGCAGUCAUCUUUACCAUAACCUCUAUCCUGCGUAUCCUGCUAGCUGGCAAGCCCUUACAGUCCUUUGUGCCCGGUGGCAUUUAUAACGAGCCCUCCUUUACUCUCGCGCGUGCUGCUGGUGGCUUGGUAAGCUGGUAUUGGGCGCGUCGCUAUGCACACGACGACACCCGUCUUAUUAUUAUCGCGAGCGGACUUAUACUCGGCGAAGGCGUCCUCGGAAUCGUAAAUCUUCUUCUCGCGAGUAUCGGUGUCCCCCAUGCAUCAUCUGCAUAA